AUGAAGGGCACUGAGAGCGAAAAGCCCCCACAGCUGUUUCUCUUCGUUAAUAAGGAUUCGAAGUCAAAGUCGCUUUCGAAAUCGGAGGGCGACCAUGCCAAAGAGAUCAACCGCCAUGCCCAAAAGGUCCGAAAUCGGCGCCUGGCUGUCCAAAAGGCCAGUACAGCACAGCAAACAUCGGCCUCUGCCAGACGUAUAGCCCUGGGAGGAUGGAAGAAACGGGAAGGCGAGGUCGAGAGUCCUAUCACUACAGGUCUCCUGCCAGGGUCUCCCGAAACUGUGAUGAAUUUCAACAACAUCCUCUCCGACCAGAAUUGUACGCCAAUAUCGCAUUCAGGAUCCGAGAGCUCAUCAAGGUCAUCUGGCAGCCCUCCGGCGACGUCACCAGAUGAGCCUCCAACAGUACUUCCAGAACUCACGACAAGCUCCAAAGUAGCGCCUACCGACAUACCUAGAAGCGAGCCGGCGGUACAGGAAACCACCCGAAAUCCAUCAACGACGCUGCCACCCUUAGAACUACCAAGAACUGCUCCAAUGACUGCAACAGAUCAUGAGCGGAGUGGCGAGGAGGCCGAGCGUGAAUUCCAAUACAACGCUCUGGUGAUAAGACCUCAGCUCACUGAGUUCGCGCCCAAGAGCCAGAUCGAUCCAUUCAACCAAUUGCCGGUCCAGGUAUCAUAUGAAUUCCACCAAGUCCUACAAGGUGCUUUACGAAUAUACCCUUACUCUGGAAACAAUUACAAACUAGCGCACCUACCUGAUCAUAUACGUCGGAAUAUCCGUCAAUUCCCAAUCGGAGAAAUUGUCCAGCGCGCGCCCACUGCGUCGCACCACCUGUAUAGCUUGCUGGCAUGUAUCAGUGUACGACUGAGGGGAGCCUUUCGGGAACAAAUACCCAUGGACGUGCCAAUCGAGUUCCAAAACAAGGCAUCCCAUCACAUCCACAAGGAGCUGUUGAAGAGUUCUCGGAGCGGUCAAGUCGAUGUCAACGUCAUCAUGGAUAUAUUGUUCUUGGUCGUCAGCGAGAUGGGAAUGGGGAACCUGGAGUCCGCCCGCAAACACAUGAAGGUCGUCUCGAAUUUCUACUAUAUGCUCGAUCUCAACAAGAAUCUCGACUUCUGGAUAUCAGAGUCCUGUGCGCAUGUCGAUAAUCAGCUGGCCCUGUCCACCGGCCGACCUCCUAUCUUCAAGCAGAGUUUCGAUCCUGGUCCGCUGCUACCUGAACGAAGAGCUGCCUUGCAGCGGGAACUUUGGUGGCUGUUCAAGAACUUUGACCAGCCCACUGCCUUCUACCCAUCGCCGGUAUCUCUUGCUGUCAAAGCACCGCCAAGAGGGCUCACAGACGCAAUUGCCGAUUUCGCAAACAACCUUGACCUGCGCAUGGGCUUCGAGUUCGAACGCGCUCUCAAACUCGGGAUCGUGUCCCCGCUCCUAACGCCUAUCAUUGUCGAUAUUGUCGACUGUGCCGCUAUCGCGAAGGUGGUAUGGCUGUCACCAAUGGCCGUCUGCUUCGAUGCCGAAUGGUUAUGCCGCAAAGCUCGCGCUGUUCUUCGUCGGCUUCUGGUCAUUGCUCCUGAGAACAACAUUGGUCCACUGGACGUCCUCGGCAAAUGCAUGGAGGUUGUACGAUGCACACUGUUGAUCGCCAUGGCGCACGCCUGCACGCUGAUCGGCUUUCAGACCGCCGAGAAGAACGUCAUCGCACUUCAAAAUUCUCUGGCCUUCGCCCUGAAGUUCUGGGCGCCGGCAAUGGGCCUAUCGACAGAGAUGGUACCUUUAGACAAGGAGACUCCAUACCCAGAUGUGGAAGUGCUGAAGCUGCAAAUCGGUCACAUCCUGUAUAACUCUAUGGUGGGACUCUUCUCUGCCGACGUGCCAGGCUACGAGUCCACGCAAGAGUUCUUCAUGAUCAGGGUACUGAAUUGCUGCAAGCUCAUGGGCAUACGAGACUAUUUUGGUCUAAGAGAACAUCUUGUGAAGUUCUUGUACUCACCCGUUCUGAUGGAGAAAAGCGUGGCUCGAGUCGCCGAGAGACUUGGCCGCCUGAACGACCAGUGGGCCAGCGGAGUGGAUGAGGUCCAUUGA